CUUUUUGUCUUGUGGGGAUGGUUGGUUAUUUAUUUAUUUACAUUUUUUUCUGUACUUCGUGUCUUUUGUGAUUCGUGUUUAGAGGACUUUUUCCACUACCACAGCAUCCAUUUCUUGUUAGCUGUAGUAACACCUGCGUAGCAUUAGGUGGCAGCAGCGCGCAAGCUAAUGCUACAAUCCCCCCUCAGGAAAACAUAAAGACGAAGAAGAUUUGGCAUCAACAGUGCACGACUAAUAGCGGAGAUUAUUGUUUUUCUGGCCCAGAUAUUUAGCAGAGCCAAAACUGUGAAAAUGGACACAAGAGCCUGGAGGAAUCCAUAUCAUGACUAUGAUGGAAACCCUGCGUCCACACAGGCGUUGUUUGACUGUCAAGGAAAGCUCACAGCAGAGUUUGCCCAGCGACUGAGCAGCAAGAUCAGUGAGCUUUUAGCUGUCAUGGAAAAUGGCCUGAAGUCUGCUGACCCAAGAGAUUGCACCAGUUACACCGGCUGGGCAGGCAUUGCUCUGCUCUACCUGCACCUCCACAACGUGUUCAGGGACACCUCCUUGCUUCAGAGAGCUCUGGAAUAUGUGAGCCGCAGUCUGAAGUGCUUGACCCGACGUCAUGACGUCACCUUCCUAUGUGGAGAUGCAGGGCCCCUGGCUAUCGCUGCUGUGGUCUACCAUCGCCUGCAGAGGGUGCAAGAGACUGAUGAGUGCAUCAACAGACUGCUGCAGUUUCACCAGAAUGUGGUGAAAGGUGUAGGCGGGCUGCCUGAUGAGCUGCUCUAUGGGCGGAUGGGUUACCUCUACUCCCUCGUCUUCAUCAACCAGCAGCUUGGGCAAGACAGGAUCCCACUGCAGUACAUCCAGCAGAUCAGCGAGUCCGUGCUGGUGUCAGGCGAGCAGCUCAGCAGGAAGUUCAGGGUCCAGAACCACAGCCCUCUGAUGUUCGAGUGGUACCAGGAGCAGUACGUCGGCGCCGCCCACGGCCUCGCAGGCAUCUACUACUACCUCAUGCAGCCCGGCUUCGUCUGUGUGGAGGAGUACGUGCACAGGCUGGUGAAGCCCAGCGUCGACCACGUCUGCCGUCUGAAAUUCCCCACAGGCAACUACCCUCCCUGUAUCGGAGACGAUCGCGACCUGCUGGUGCACUGGUGCCACGGAUCCCCAGGGGUGGUCUACAUGCUCCUGCAGGCAUACAAGGCCUUCGGAGUACCCCAGUACCUGGAGGACGCCCUGCAGUGUGGCGAGGUGGUGUGGCAUUGUGGCUUGCUGAAGAAGGGCUACGGGCUGUGUCACGGUGCGGCGGGAAACGCCUACACCUUCCUGGCCCUCUACCGGCUAACGCAGGAUCCCAAGCACCUUUACAGAGCCUGCAUGUUUGCUGACUGGUGCAUGAACUACGGCAAACAUGGAUGCCGAACACCUGACACUCCCUUCUCCCUUUUUGAAGGCAUGGCCGGCACCAUCUACUUCUUGGCCGACAUUCUGCAGCCAAUGAAAGCGAGGUUCCCAGCCUUUGAGGUGUAAAAGUUUCUCCACAGGUAGUCCUCCCCCACCCACACUGUGGGCAAAUAUAACAAGGAGAAGACUCCACACUUUUUCCUCUCUGUCACACACACACACACACACACACACACACACACAUGCAUGAACACACUACAUUCACAAACAACACGACAUUGUGCCAUGUUUUUCCUGCUCUUCUCUCCCGGGAACUUUACAUGUUAUUAACAGGAUAAAUCCUAUACUCGCAUCUCAACUACAUAAUUGUCUCAAAAGAAAUGUCAAAGGUGAGAGCUUGCCUCGCUUUUUUGGUUCCUUUUUUUUUUUUUUUUUGUGUAUAAAUUAAAUUCUUGCUUUAAAAACUGUGGCUGUUGCUCAGAUUGUGACGUCUUUUGACAGUUUCAACAAAAAGGAAAGAAAUUGAUUUCAUGGCUGUCAAAACAUCAAAUAAAAUUGUGGUAAAACUAAAUGGUGUUUUGUUAACCCUUAACAACUGUGUAUUUCUAUUAUUCUGUAAAGCUUGACAUGUUGAUAAGGAAAUGGAUGCUUUGGUUUGCUAUUCUGUUUUCUUUUUCAGAGUCAACAGCAAAGCUAGUAACAAUGCACUAAAUAUAAUGCAGUACCAUGUGUUAGGGGAUUAACCCCAGAGUGUAAACUGUUGCCUGUCCUUUGCACUGUCUGAGCAAUAAAUCAUGUCUUUUUACAGCU